AUGGCGAAAAGAUUUAGAGGGUUUCUCGGUGCUUCCAUAGAAUUAAUUUCGCCUGUAGCGAAAGUGGUGUAUUUUCCCGGUGUAGCCGAACUGUUCGCUGUUAUUGAGCGAAUCGUUGUGCUCAUCGACACCGCAAGAUAUAAUAGAGAAGCAUUGCCUUACAUGAAAGAGUAUAUGCUAGAAGUGAAGCAGACAAUCCGCGACAAUAGUGAAACAAUAAACGACGAAUAUACCCCGAGUUUGAUGAAGGCGCUGAAAAACUGGGAAAAGUUUCUGGUCCAAUAUACCAAGCCUAAAAUGAGAAAACUAUUGACCAUCCUUAAUGCCGAUAAGAUAGAUCGAAAGAUACGCGACUUGUUUUCUGACCUGGACACCGCCCUCAAUGCUGCUAAUUUAAGAGUAACCUUGGAAAACAAUAAACGCCUUAAGCAGAUAUUAGGAAUCACAGAGAGGGUGGAUGAACGCAUGAUGGACUUGGAUAAUAAGUUAAAUGCUAUGCAAAUUGAUGUCACAGUUGUGAAAGACGCUGUGACAGCGAAAGUUAAAGAUUCCUUCUUAACUACUGCAAUUUGUCAUGGCGUUCCGUUAUCACAGGAAAAAAUAGCCGAAUUGACAAUUAGCCCAGAACUAAUCAAUCCCGCUCAUGAUACUCAACCUAAUGGUGAUGGUCCUACAAAGGUUAUAUACUGUGGUGGUCUUUAUGCGGCAAAAGUUAAAAUUGCAACCACGAACGAUGACAUUAGCAAGUAUUGGGUACAGGCCUUUAUUAGCUCCAAAUUGAAUACGGAUUUAUUCAUGAAAAACUAUGGUAUUCUACUGGAAGGAGGAAUUUACUACAUGAUUACAGAGUGGCCGGGAAAGGGACCGCUCUCCGAAUACCUUAAGACAAACAGAAAUAUCCCAUGGACACAGAAGAUAAAAUGGGCAAUUCGAUUAGCAAGUGCGCUCGCCGUUUGUCACACUAAAUCGUUCUUAUUUCCCCCCGAAAUUAGUCAUAACGUGAUUGUGGAUAAAAACGAUAACGUCAAAUUAGCAAACUAUCAUCGUGCUAGAGGCAUAAAAGACAUCACGACAUCCGUUGCCGAAGAGACCGAUGGUGUCAGAUGGUUAUGUCCUGAAAAAACGAGGGAUGGUACGCUUCCGUACUCGACGUCAGCCGAUGUAUACAGCUUUGGUAUGCUUAUGUGGGAAAUAACUUCUCAUGAAAUUCCUUUCUCGGACAAAACCAUUGGUGAAGUGUUUAUGAUGUUAAAAACUUCAGUUGGACUUAAAGAUGCGGAUGCUCCGCGCCCGCCAAUAGUUCCGGGUACACCAGAAAAGUACGCAAGCGUAAUGCAGAAAUGUUGGAGACAGGUUGCCGGGAGUCGUCCGACAAUGCAAUAUGUCGUACGAAAGUUAGAAAAGUUAGAAAAGGCGUUCGAUGCAUAUGGGUAUACUUCCGAUGGCACGAUGAUGUCUAGUAGUAGCUUAACUGAAUAUGAUCCAUACGCUCCUACACAUCCAAACGUAACGAUGCAGACAGCGCGCAGGUUACACAAUCAAAGACAUUACAGGGAAGCCUUCGAACAAUUCAAGAUAUUGGCUGAUAAGGCUGAACCAGACGCUGAAGCAAACUUUUAUGUUGGCCGAUAUCUUAUCGACUCUAGAAUAGAAUUCAAUCGCGGAAUUGAAGGAAACGUUAAGGACCCCAAUGUAGGAAUGAGCUAUUUGGAAGUAGCGGAAGAUUUGGGAUGCAGUGAGGCAACUCAGUACCGUGCUCAAGAGAAGAUGGCUGCCGCCACAGAAAUACGAAGGCAAUUGCUGAAUACGGGUGACGAGACAGACGCCGAUAUAAUUCUGAGUAGAAUGAAGACCGAAUGUUUAGGUGUGUUUCGUGAUGGUGCAGAAAAGGGUAACCUACGAUGUAUGAAAGAUCUCGCUGACUAUGGAGCAAAGUUGGGCGAUAGACAGAGUUAUAUAGAUGGUCGAAGGAUGUUGAACAAUGUAAUUGUCAACGCGAGAAAUCCUGCAGAAAGAGCGAAAGCACAAGAGUAUUUGAUGAAGUUGCAACAACAUAAUAAUAGCCAGUUCUUAAAUUAA